AUGUCUUCCACUGCUAACAAGAAGGUCAUCCUAGUUAUCGGUGCCACCGGUGCCCAGGGCAUCGCCGUCAUAGAGGCGCUCCUCGCCACAUCUGCAGAUGGUUCGCCAUCCCCCUAUGCUGUCCGUGCCUUGACUCGCGAUCCCAACGGCCGUCGCGCUAAAGAACUUGCGGCCAAGGGCGUAGAAGUCUUCAAAGGAUCUGUGGAAGACUUUCCCACUGUCCUCGCUGCCCUACAGGGUGCCUGGGGCGCGUUCGUGAAUACAGACUCAUUCACUAUCGGCGAGCAAAAGGAAAUCUACCUUGGAAUGCGCAUCUUCGAACUCGCGAAGCAGGCGAAGACUGUCCGCCAAUACAUCUGGAGCAGUCUUGAUUACAUCGGCAAGAAAUCGGGGUACAACCCGAAGUACAGAGCAGAGCACUACGACGGCAAAGGCCGUGUCGCAGACUGGUUGAAAGCACAGCCUUCUGUCGUCAGCGACAGCGACAUGGCUUGGAGCUGCAUCUCGUCAGGCCCUUACAUGGAUAUGCUGAAGCUCCCUAUGCUCGGUCCUCUCUUCCGCCGUGAAGACGGAACGUUUGUCUUCGCGUUCCCUGCCGGCGUAGGCCACGUCGCCAUGGUAUCUCUCAAAGAUAUCGGCUUCUUUGCUCGCUACUCGUUUGACAACCGUGCUGAGGUCUCAGGCAAGGAUCUCGAGAUUGCGAGCGAGAUGGCCACGCUCGAGUAUACCGUCGAGACCUUCAAGAGGGUCACGGGGCUGCCGGCCGUCGCAGUGCACCUCACCGUCGAGGAAUGGUUCCUCAACUGGACAAACACCGAUGAGCCUGUCGCGCGGGACGGCAAGCACGUCGCCGGGUCAACGACUUGGAAGGAUAAUUUCACCGCGUUCUGGAACUUGUACCGAGACGACAUCGUUCAGCGGGAUAUGACUUGGGUUCGAAAAGUCAAUCCUGACGGACAGAACCUAGAGAAGUGGAUGCGAGAGACCCAAUACAAAGGGGAUCUGGAUCUAUCCUUGCUGAAGUACUGGGAGGACGGGAGCCGCGUUAGUCUUGAUUUCGAGCACAUCGCCGCGACUCUAGGAAAGGCAUAG